UUCGCAGGCUUAGCCCAGGUGACUUACCAGAUCAUUGGGCCUCAGGUACAGCAACAACAAAAGGAACAAACGCAGCAGCUCUCGCUGGCAACAACAACAAGCACAACAGCAACAACAACCACAGCAGCAGCAGCAACAGCAACCACAGUUUGCAAUCUGCCGCGCUCAUCACCGGCCGCUGCGACCGCAGCCGUUACAAUCGCAGCCACUGGCGGUAGCGUGGUAACUGGCCCCGGCCCCCUCCCGGCACCAGUGGCGCAGCUGCAGCACGGAUUGGCGCCCAGCACGCCACUGCAGCGCGCAACGGCAGCGGGUGGCGGAGGCGCUGGUGUUGCAGGCGCCACGACCUCACCCACAGCCCCCUCACCCUCGCCAGCAGCAGUUGCCAACAAUCUGCUCACUGCCAACAAUCUGCUCACCCUGCAGCAACAGCAGCAGCAACUGCUCUACCAGCAGCAACAUCAUCCACAGCACCAGCAGCACCAGCAGCAGCAGCAGCAGCAGCAGCAGCCGCAGCUCAACUCUCAUCAUUCGCAUCAUAGCAAAACAGCGGCAGCUGCUGCCGCAACGGCGCACAUUGUUUUUUUAUUGCAGCGAUCGGCCAUUAUGAACGCGGUGGCAUCGCCGAUUCCUGCUAACUUUUUUUCGCCGGGUCGCAAGAUACGUCGCAAGACGGAUACCAAAAUUAAUUUGCCGCAAUCACAAAUAAACAAAUGCAACAAUGAGAAGCGACGUCGGGAAAUGGAAAACAAUUACAUUGAGCAGCUCUCCGAGUUUCUGCAGCUCAAUAAACGUGGAGAUAUGACAUCAACGAAACCGGAUAAGGCGGCAAUAUUAAAUCAAGUGGUUCGAACGUAUCGUGAUAUUUGUGACAAAGGCCAAAGCCGUGAUAUAUCCUCAACAUCUACCAAUAAUAACAACAACAACUCCACAACAACGACCAACAACAAUAACAAUAAUAAUAACAAUAACAAUAAUAAUACUAAUAACAACAACAACAACAAUAGCCACAAACCACAAGCAACCUCAACGCGCUGCACACGCUGCGCCACCGAUAACUGCUCGAUACACCCUGUGCAACAGGGCGAAGUCUCAUCAACAGAGCCACCAUUGCCAGAGCCAUCGCUGCUGAACGGUCAAGUGCCUGAAAUAUCCGCUUACUUUGAAGCGCUCGAGCAUUACAUUAGCUCCGUCGGCUGGGUGCUGCUGCAGGUGAACGCUAACGGCAUCAUUGAGUCCUGCACGCAGAACAUACGCGAACUGAUCGGCUAUGAGAAGCAGGAGCUCUUCCACCAGCCUCUCUACCGAUACCUCUAUGCGGGGGAUCACGCCAAACUGGAGCCGAUCAUAAACAACAUGUACAGCAGCAGCGGGGGGGGCGGAGGAGGCGGAGGUGGAGGUGGAGGUGGAGGAGGCGGUGGCGGUGGCGGGGGGGGGGGCACUGGAGCCGGCUCAAUUGGCGGCUGGGGUGAUCUCGAUGAGCUGAACAGGGGGGGUGCGUCACAGCAAUCGGCUGGUUCCAAUUCCAGUUCCAGUGCUGGCAACGGCGCUGGCACGGGACCAGGCGCCAACAUCGGUGGAGCAUCCAAAUCGAAGCGCAGCAUCUCCACCAAGGUGCGCAUGCUAGUCAAGGAUACACGACCGGCCACACAGACCUCCUCCAACUGCGAUGCCAUGGACCAGAAGCCGCUCAGGCCUUCCGGACACCAGGACAAGUAUGAAGAGGUCGUAUUGAUAGCGGCGCCAGUGAAGGAUGACGCCGAUGCGAGCAGCUCAGUGCUGUGCCUGAUCACCAGGCCGGAGGACGAGUCGCCGCUGGAGAUCAAUAUGCAGCAGCAUGUGCAUCAGCAGCCCAUCGAGCAGAUGACCUUCAAGCUGGACGGGCAUGGGAAAAUACUCAGCCUGGACGCGACGGCGCUGCGUGAGCCAUUCAAGCAGCAUCUGCAGUCGUGGGUGGGUCGCCUCUGGCAGGAUCUAUGCCAUCCGCACGAUCUAUCGACGCUCAAGUCGCAUUUGCGCGAUAUUCAAGACUCGACGGCGGUGCGUUCGCCGGGCAGCUCGGUGGGUGGUCCCGCCAGCGGUGGCUCCAUAUCGAAUGUUAUAUCACGUCCAUUUCGGCUGCGCCUCGGUGCCCCUGAUGUCUAUGUGCAUGUGAAGGCCAAUUCGAGACUGUUUCUCAAUCAGACGCCGGGCGAGAGUGAUUUCAUAAUGUCCGUGCAGACGCUGCUCAAUUCGGAGAACGAUAUGAAUAGCAAUAAUACGGGAGUGGGCGGCAGUGGUGGCAUCGGUGGUGCUGGUGGUGCUGGUGUUGGUUUAGGUCUGAGUCAAAUGUGCGCCAUGUCGCCGGGCGCCUCGCUGGCCAGUUCGCUGGUGAAUACGCUCUCGAUGGAAGCGCUGGGGCAUAGCUCCUCCACAUCCUCGGCGGCGUCUGCGCUGUUGCCCACGAAUCUGUUGGGCGGCCUUGUUGGCGGUGGACAGCACAACAACAACAACAGCGGCA